AUGGUUGAUGUCGUGAUUGAGGAAUCUUCUCCUUUUCCCUCUCCUUCUCGUCUUUCAUUCAGAAAUCCACUCUACUUGACGGCUAUGGCAUCUGCCAAUGAUGGAAAGUUGUUGCAAAAUCUCGAGACCGAGCUUCCUCGUACGCCAUCACCUGUCAGAGCAACGACUUCUUCCAUUGGUGUUCUACAGGCAUCAGCGACAGGGUCAAGAAGUUUCGAUCAUGAUGGCGAGAAAUCCAGCGAACAUGUAGCAAUCAAUUCCCUUCCUGCCCUCGACGGCAACCAAGACCCGUUGCUUCUCAACGACGACGAUCCUCUCGAAAUCUUCCACUCAGCUCUCGGUAUACCUCCUCCUAAGCCUGUUACCCCUAAGCCGGAACGCAACCUUCCUGGUCGUAAGAGACCACUUCCGCCUGAUGCAAAGGAGCCUAAACAGCCCAAAAUCUCAACCAAGAACCAAGGCGUCUAUAAAAGCGUUCUUUCCAAUGAACAGUGGACCCGUUUCGUUUACCAGUCUUGCGAUGCUCUCCUGACUUUCUGUAUGUUUCUCCAAAUCAUCGUUGGGGCUUCAGUCACAGCUUUUGGAGCUGGCGAUGUCGAUCAUACCAUCAUCACUGUUUUCGGUGCUACAAAUACCGCCGUUGCGAGUUUGCUGGCUGUCCUCAAAAGCAAGGGCAUGCCAAAUCGAUUGAGGCAAGACUGGAACGGAUGGCGCGAGCUGCGAGAAUAUAUUGAAGAGAAGGAGAGGGAGAUUGAUAUGCGAAUUCAAGGACACGGAGAAGGAUUGCCACCUUUGGACAUUUGGGGAACUGUGCGGGACAUUGAAGCGAGAUAUCAGGCAAUGAGACUCACCCUUGAAGCCAAUCGACCGGACACAUACAUCAGAGUUCCCAAUCUACUACCAAAAUGA